CUGUAUUAUUGUGUAGUUUUUGUCAACAAAUUAGUCCACUUUAAUUUAUUAUUUUAAUUAAGUUUAAACGUCAAUAAUAGACUAAAUCUUUACGUGAUAGAUUAGUAGAUAAUGUAUACUCCAACUCACAUCCAAGUGACAGUCCAACGUGCUAAAGGUCUUCUCACAAAAGGCAAAAAUGGAACAAAUAAUUGCUUUACGACGAUCGCUUUAGGAAAAGAGAAGUAUCAGACAUCAUUGAAAGAUAAUGCAUCGUCAAAUGUUGAAUGGCACGAAGAAUGUGAACUUGCAAUUCCAUCGCAAGGUAAUCGUGCUGAACUCACUCUCACAUGUUUGCAUCGAAACAAUUUCGGAAUGGACGAAUUUCUCGGUCUAGUGACAUUGCCAUUAAAUCAAAUGGAUCAAUUUGAGCGACCUCGUUCGAGAUGGUUUAAGCUUCAAAGUAAGCCAGGACAAGAGAAGAAAGAAAAAGAUCGCGGUGAAUUGGAACUACGUACAGCAUUUACAGUCAAGGCUGGUUCAUUGAGUGAUUUGAGUAAGAAAGAUAAAAAUAAAUCGUCACUAAGUAACAUAACUGGUGCUGUUGGUGGAAGUUUAUUGUCAUUGGGAGCACUCGAGAAGCGUAAAAGCUUAAAGAAAUUUGCCAAAUCGCUUGGAACCAAAAUGCAUGUGACAGGAAGGAAAAAGAAAGACAAAGGUGAAGACACCGAAUCAUAUACAGGUAGUUUUUCAAGCAUUGGAACUCCAAAUCUUGGCGUGAUGAAACGUGGGAGCUUCCGUGAUGACAAAAAUGCUGAUCCAGGUGUGAUUAGUGAAGAUGAAGAUGAAUUUGUGUUUGAGAAUUUGUCACACAAGAGUUCUGGAAGUUCUUUAAAUGUUCGUCAGAAAAAUAAUAACUUGAUAUUAAAUAAACAAGAUUCUCCUAUAUUAAGAGAAAGUUCGACUCUUCCAAUAAUUACUAAGCCAGUUAGACAUAGCGAUUCAUCGUCAAUAAAGGAAAAAGACGGCAAAGUUGAUGAAUGGGAAGCAAAGCUGUAUGGCAAAAACAUAGAAAUUGGACAUAGUUCAGACUCAUUAAAGAGACGUUCAUGGGAAACAUCUCGUGUGCCUUUAAAUCUUGAAGAGGAACAAAAAGAACGUGAACCAACUAUUCAGGAACAAUCAUUGGAGCGUGUAUCAUUGGAACCAGAGCCUAUAACUAUGAUAAUUGAUGAAAAGCCAGAGCCAGUUUAUGAGCCAAAACCUAUGCCUCGUUCAGCUACAGCUGCUGAACCAAUGGUCACUCUUAAUUUUAUAGAACAAGAAAGACGUGCUGGAAGUGCUAAUAUGUCGCCAAUUUCAGUUAAGAGUGAAAAGGUUGAAAAAGACAAGGAAAAUAUUUUCUCUAAGAAAUGGAAGAAUUUCAGAAAGGAACAUACACCGAGUAAAAGUCAUAGAGACAAUGAUAUGAUCAAAAAUCAUCUGAGUAAGUCAUCGACUGGAAAUGGCGGUGAAAGAAUCAUCAUCGGUGGUGAAAAUGCUUUUAAUAAUCAAACUUAUGUCGAGAAGAAAAUUGAUUUGCCAAAAGAAGUUCUUAUGAAGUACGAUGGAAAGUCAAAAGAGGAAGUAAUGAAGAUUGCCCAUAAUCUUGAGAACGAUUUACUUCAACAAAAGCAGAGGAACAAAGAGCUUGAAGAAUAUCUUGACGUGCUGCUGCUCAAAGUUAUGGAAACUCAUCCCAAAAUUCUCCAAAAUCCAUACAUGAAACAAAGAUCGGCAAAGGAAUAUAGAACAAGCUCUUAAGCUUCCAACGACUCAGCUGUCCACAAAAAUUAUCCAUGUACGUAAAUUUGAAGCAGAUGAGUGCACUUAAAUUGCAGAAAAAUGCGCAAAAUUUUUUUAAUUGAGGUCAGAUUGCAUAUCGAUGUCUUAGCCUGCACAUUAAUGCUAGACGUCAUUUGUAAAUGGACCCCAUUAAAUUAAUUGAAAAAAUGCCAAUAAUUUUGCAUAUUCUUUUAUGCUUGUUUUUUAGUGGAUAGACAUGAAUGCGGUGCUUAUAAAUAGAAACCUUAUUGUGGCCUUUUCGC